GUCAAGAAUGUCAAGUUCAUAUGUUUGACAACACUGAUGUGUCGGGUAUCUUUCGUGGUGUAGAUGUAGAUCUUAGUUCUUUCCUUAUGUCACAAUUGAAGACACCAAUUGGAAUUGUACCAGAAGGAAUACUUCGAGCAAGUGACACAAUUUGGUUGCAUUUUCCUGACAUUACAUCAUUACAAAAAUGUCAUGAAGAAAAUACUGUUACUGAAUGGGCAGGACAAGACACUUCUGUAGACUACCAGUUUGGUUCUUCAAGUAGAAAACAAAAACUGAAAAAGACCUGCAAGCAAUAU